CAAACAGCAACAAGCGGCGGAACAGCAGCAGGAGGGGACGGCGAGCAGAAUUAUUUAUCAUGGAGGAAUCAGAAACUGUAUUGAAACUUCGUCGCCAGCUAAAGGAGGCAGAAGAGGAAAGAAUAAAAGCUGCACAGUAUGGACUGGAACUACUGGAGAGCCAAAGUGAUCUCCAGAAUCAGCUUGAGGAACAAAGAAAUGAAAUGACCAGCACUAUUGAAAACUUGGAGCAAGAGAAGUACUCCCUUCAAAGAGAAGUUGAACUUAAAAAUCGCAUGCUAGAAAGUCUGACUUCGGAAUGUGAAAACAUAAGACAGCAACAGAAACUUUGCCUUGAACAACUCCAAGAACAGCUUGAGAGGAACCAUCAUCGUGAACUCAGUGAGAUUAAAGAUAAGCUUGAGAAGCUGAAAGCUGAGCUUGAUGAAGCAAGACUAAGUGAAAAACAGCUGAAGCACAAAUUAGAGUAUCAAAGUGAAGUACUGGCCAAUAAAUCGGAAGAGCUGCGCAUGAUGUCUGAGCGUGUUCAUGAAACCAUGUCCUCUGAAAUGUUAACCCUUCAGCUGGAAAAAACUGAACUUGAAAGUGCAAAGGCCAAUUUAGAACAAGAGGUGAAUGAAUUACAGUAUCGAGAGCAACAGCUUUUACUGACAAAUGGUACCCAGAGCAGACAGCUGGAGCGUCUUCAAGAUGAAAAAGAAGAUCGAGAAAAGGAAGCAGUGGGCUAUUUUAAAGCUUUAGAGAAAGCCCGCGAGGCAAAUCAAGACCUGCAAGCUCAGCUUGACAUUGCUUUGCAACAAGCUCAAGACCCGAACAGUAAAGGAAAUUCCUUAUUUGCAGAGGUUGAAGAUCGCAGAGCUGAAAUGGAGCGUCAGCUAAUUAGUAUGAAAGUCCAAUUCCAGUCUCUUCAAAAGCAACAUGCCUUCUCUAGACAGCAGAUGCACAGAAUGAAGGUGCAGAUAGCAACAUUACUGCAACUGAAAGGUUCUCAAAGUGACCCUGAGCAGCUAGAACGCUUACAGGCUAUGGUAGCACAAAAGAACAGCGAAAUUGAAACACUUGUUAUGAAAGUGCGACAGCUAGAAAAAUCUCAGCAAAUCUGUGAAAAUGGACCAGUAGCCAAUAGCAGUGAUGGAUUGGGACAGGGUGAUGAAACAUACUAUGUGGAUUUACUUAAAAUGAAGCUUGUGAAUUCAAGUAAGGAAAUUGAGAAGAUAAAAGAUGAACUAUCUUUGCAACGGAUGAAAGCUCUAGCCGAGAGCCAACGGGUCUUGGAACUGGAACGGAAGCUUUUUGCAAAUGAUAGGCAUCUCAAACUCUCACAAGGCGAAAAUAUGAAACUCCGUGUCAAUUUGGAUGAGAUGAAGAUGAAAUAUGAACCUGAUGAAAUUGCCAAAAUCCGGACUCAAAAACGAAGAAAAGAACAGCUUCCACUUGAUUGCGCAAUAGAUAACACCAGUGCUACUGUGACUUCAGGCAGUCAAGCUCAUGGUCUGUCUGAUGCAAUUCCAGAAGAUAUGUGCCCAGCUGAAUCAACGGUUCAUAGAAACCUUUUGAAAGAAGAUUCAUCUUUGUCUACUAAAGAGCAAGAUCUGUCUUCCGUUGCAGUAAAACCAAUAGAACCGGCAAAUGGUCAACCUCCAAAAGAACGCAAACGAGUGAGGAUUGUGGAAAAUGAAAAUGAUAAUCAAGAUAUAAACAAAAGAAACACAAAUAACUGCUCCGUUACUUCUACCUCCCCCAGGUCAGCUUCUGAAGAGUCCACAUCUGAGUCAAAGAGGUUCGAUGAAGAGCAGGAAAAGAGAAAGCAAGAGAGGAAAUCUCGACUCAGAGCUCCUCCUGUGCUCCACGUGCCUUCCAAGCCUGCCGCAACAACCCAGUGCCCCCAGCAAUAAACUCUCAAAGCAGAAUACUGUUAUUUGCAACAAUGCAAUGUCUUCAUAUUUUCCAAAAGAUUCUAUGAGCAAAGAUAUAUAUAUUUUUGUCUGAUACAAAGUCAGGGAAUGGCAGAACUGCUUUCUAACAGAACAGAAAGGCGGAUGAGCACGGAAAUGAGUGACAUAAAGGAUAAGUAUGAUUGGAAUCCACUGCUUCAUGCAAACUGUUAUCUGUAAAUAUCUGUUUUAUGUAAAAAUAUAUUUUUGUCAGUACGUUUUUUUCUCAGCAUUGUGUAAGAUGCCAUGUGUAAACUAGGGUGACCAGAUCAAUUAAAAAUCCAGGGACACGAAAAGCUAGCUAGAAGUGCGGCACUGAUUUCAAUUGAAUGUAAAUGCAGUCAGUGCAGCCCUGCAACAUGUAUUUAUUAGAUAUGUCCCAGAAUUUUAAAGCGAUCUGAUCACCCUAGUGUUAACAACUUUGCAAAAGCCACACUGCCAACAUCAACUAAGUGCCCUACACAUCAAAUGAUUAUGCUUACAUGUUGUUUUGUAACUUUUCCUAUGUAACUGGGAGGGGGUGUUUAAUAGUAUUUUUACAAUUAUUCCGUUAUGUAUAUUUCUCUUCCUAUACUAUUUAAUGCGUGCGUUAUUUUUUAUAGCCUAAGCAUUCGGCACCUAGUAUUGCACAUUAACAUAAACUUUACAUCUAGUUUUGUUACCUUGAUUCUGCUCUGAACUGUUUUCUAUAUAACGGAUAAUAAAGGUGUGUUUAAUGGCAA